UUCCGGCGCGUACGGUCCGCGCGCGCGACCGCGGCCCGGUUGACUGAGCAGCCAUGGACAGUAGCUUCGGCUCGGACUUCGGAGGCACGGGCGGCGGGAAGCUGGACCCGGGGGCCAUUAUGGAGCAGGUGAAAGUGCAGAUAGCCGUGGCCAACGCGCAGGAGCUGCUACAGAGGAUGACGGACAAGUGUUUCCGGAAGUGCAUCGGGAAGCCCGGGGGCUCCUUGGAUAACUCGGAGCAGAAAUGCAUCGCCAUGUGCAUGGACCGCUACAUGGACGCCUGGAACACUGUGUCCCGCGCCUACAACUCUCGACUGCAGCGGGAACGAGCCAACAUGUGACCGGGACCUGUGCCUCCGGACACCGUGCUCUGGUCGGAACUGUUUUCCCUACGAGAAAGGGCGGCUCCUUCCGGCCGCCCCGAAGUCUGGCAGUAUGGAGGGCUCAGGGGUCGAGGCCUCUCCCCGGGCUGCUGCAUCCAACUCAGUCUCAGAAGAGAAUGAGGACCCGUUCGAGCGCGGGGAUCUGGCUGGCCCCACUGACCUGUGACCUCAUGAGAGCAGGCCAAUAAAUCGCUGCUGGGGCAGAAAA